GUGUCUUUGUGCUCAUGUUGUUGGUGAAGUGAAGCACAGAGAGGAUUCAUUAACUGCUAAAAGACAGAAUGUGCUCAGAAUUAAGAAUGAAGAUGCUGGUGUGGUUUGUGUUUGUGCUGGGUGCGCUCUCAGCUGCAGGUGAAGUUUUUGUUGCAAAAGUCGGGGGGAAAGUCACAUUGAACUGUGGGGUCAGCAGCUACACAAACUCUCUGCGUUGGUAUCAUGGAAAUGACUUUCUUCAUAGUGUUCCUCAGAGAGGCCUAACUCUCAACGGCACUGUUGAACUUGUGCGGAGGUCAGUCGUGAGACAGACGGAUCUGGAAAUCUCCAGUGUGAAAGAAACAGAUGCUGGACGGUUCACAUGUUCUGCAGAUUUGACACGUCAUGAACAUUCACUUUCUCUGUUCUCAGUGUCGGUCUCUGUCGUUCCCUCUGCUGAUCUCCUGCUGGGCAGCGAGGCAACGCUCCAGUGUGACGUGAAAGGUCUCAUUGAAGGUUGUGAAGUGAAGUGGAAGAGCCCAAAUGUAGAUUCACCUGAAUGGUCACCAACAGCUCAACUCAAACCUGUAACAAGCUCACAUGAUGGGACCUGGCAGUGUAUCAUCACCUGUGGCAGCAAUCAGCUUAGUGAGGAUCUGACCAUCACAGUCCAAGAGCCGCCUCCUACAACAUCAACAACAACAGCUUCACUGUGCAGCUCGAAGGAUAGCCCAAAGACCAUCUUUGCCAUUGUGUGCUCAGUUUUGCUUUCUUACUUCCUGCUGUGAUUAAUUGUGUGGAUGCCUCAAGGCGGAGAUGAGCAUCCGU